CCUGCCCAAGGCUUCCAGCCUCCCUCCACCCCUGAAGUUCCGAGAAGCAGAGCAAAGACAGGGGAAAAUGGCCAUUCUCGGAAGACCAGCGAGAUCCCAUCUCCUCCUUGCCCUCCAGCUCCUGAUCUCCGCCGCGCCGGCCUUCUGCCACCAGUACAAGGUCGGCGACCUGCACGCCUGGGGAAUCCCCGCCGUGUCCAACUCCCAGGUCUACGCCAACUGGUCCAAGUCCCACUCCUUCAAGCUCGGCGACUCCCUCCUGUUCCUGUACCCGCCCAGCCAGGACUCGGUGGUCCAGGUCACGCGGGGAGCGUUCGACGCCUGCAACGUCACGGAUCCGAUCCUGCACAUGGACGACGGCAACUCCCUCUUCAACGUCACCUCCCCCGGCGUGUUCUACUUCACCAGCGGGUCCCCGGGCCACUGCGAGAAGAAGCAGAAGCUCCAGAUCUCCGUGCUCAACGCGAACGGCUCCGCCGACGCCCCGUCGUCCGCCGACGGCCCCAGCGCGCUGGCCGACAUCUCCCCGUCCUACUCCAACGUGUUCGGGUCGAUCCCGGCCGGGCAGUCCUCCUCCUCAGCGCCCGCGGCGCCGCGCCGUCCGCAGGGCGUUCCGGCGAUCGCGGCGGCGAUGGCCGUCGGCCUCCUCGCGUGCGCCGGUUUCAUGUGAGGAGCAGAAAUUCGGCGAACAACACGGUUGAGCAUUAUUGAUUGAGCAUUUUACAUUCGGCUAUUUUUACUUAUUCGAGAAUUUCUGCAUAUAGUAAAUUUAAAUUUUUGGCAAACCGUUGUAAUUCUUUGCGUCGGAGCUCGAGAGAAUAAACAUUUUAAAUAUUUUGAA